AGCUAGCCCACCUGGCCCCCCAUCGGCGCCAUGAAACGCCCGGCGGCCACUCAGAGGCGCCAGGGCGCUACCGCAGCGGGCGAUGCGGUGGCAGCUGCCAUGGAGGAGAUUCCCAGGGGCCAGACCCGCUCAAAGAUGGAGGUCUUUCGGAAAGCCUUGCAACACCUGGGCAGAGGAGAUGAAGGCAUCGACACAGGCGUCCGCGCCCGGCUGGGCUUCGAGCUGAAGCGACUCUGCCAGUCCCGCGCGGCCGGGUGGCACCGUGUGGUGGCCUCGGACGGGGCCUUCGGUGCGGAGGAGCAAUUGUCAUUGCUUCAAAAAGAAGGUGCCCGGCCGAGGCCGGGCGAGAGCGUGGCCUCUUGGGCCCAGCGCUGCGACGUGGCCUUCGUGGGCACCUACCGCAGCGCCCUGCAACGAGCGUGUCGAGCUGGGAAGGACCCAGGCAUUGCCAAGUGGCCAGCAUGGUCCGUGGAGCCCAUCAAGAGCAAGGCACACUUGAAGGAGCGCUUGCUCCUCUCGGGCGGCAAGCUCUUCCACCUCGAAGGUGCCCGGACCUGCUCGGUGCCCGCCUUCCAAGCGCCGCCGCCUUCACGGUGCAGUGCGAAGCCGAAGAGCCUCCAGGACGCCUUAAAGAUCGUGGCUCCUCGUUUGAAGAAGGCCUUCAACUCAAAGCAGAUGCAAGAGCUUCGAGACACAGGUGCCACCCGGCUGCGGAGAAUUUUGCACUCUCAGGAGUGUGCCCAGCUGCUGCAAUACGCGGAAGAGGCCAAUGCUUUUGAUGAAGUACGGCGGCUGGAUGGCGAGGCUGGCCAAGGUGGUGCCUACUAUUUCUGCAAGCAGCCUCCACACCUCGUAGAGGCCAUCCGAACAUCGCUCUAUGCGCAGCUGCUGGAGCAGCUACCGGAGCUCGGCGAGCGCUACGGCGCCACGAUGGCGCAGCUGGAGCGGCGCUGCGCGGAGGCGGGGCAGAAGCGAUGUGCCACCAUUUUCUUGGCCUUUGGAGAGGGUGGGCUGAAUUUGGCACAUCAGGAUCCCUACGGAAAGCUCUUCUUCCCUUACCAGGCGAUGCUGAUGCUCAGCCGACGGGGAAAAGACUUCAACGGAGGCGAGUUCUUUGUGAAGAACAUGAAGACCGGCAAGGCGUGUCACUGCAGCCGCAGUAGAAGCCUUUGGUGUGGUGAAACCUGCAUGUGCAUUGAUGGCGGAGAAGAUCACCACCCAGGUCGCCGCCGACCAGGGCGACGUGACGCUCUUCGCGGCCAACAGCGCGGCCGUGCGCGGCGCCGACUUCAAGCACGGCGUUAGAGAGGUGAAGGGCGAACGUUUUUCAGUGGGCAUAGUCUUCAACAGGAGAAAGUGAUUCUUGCGGCACCUGAUUCCGGCAGCUGGGUCCAACAGGGACCUGUUCAAGAAGGUCAGUCAGGUGGAUUCUGGAGGAUGACUUUCGGACUGCCUUCUAUUGACUACAUUUGUGAACAGAAGGCCUUUGGACGCAGAUGUGCUUUCGGACAUUGGGAGAUCUGAAUUUGGGAUCUCUAUCGAUCUCUACUGGACCCACCCUGAGCUGAGCAGAAGCUCAGCAAGCACCGUGGCUGCCACAAAGGAGGCACAUUGUACAUAGAUGCGAUGACCUGGCCUGGGUCGAUGACCUCUACACGGACGCCACAGAGGCAAUAACGCUUGGGUGUGCUACUGCCCUUCAUCCGUGUACUGCGCAGGCAUGGAUGAUUUGUGUUCUUUGUGCAUGAGCAACACACUGCUUGCCUUUUCUGCUACUUUGCUGUACUCACUUUGAAUAAGUCUUAUAGCCUACCAGGGGAUCGAGAGCGGACUCAUCCAUUCUACAUCAUGCUACCAGGAUGUCUUUUUUACCCUUAUUCUCCCCGGCCUUCCCC